AUGCAGCAGUGGCAGAGCUUCGAGCUGGCCAACGUGCCCGUGCUGCAGCGGCUGUACGUGGUGCCCCUGGGCGCCGGGGCCAUGCCCGCCAAGGGCCGCCGGGGGCUGAAGGAGGACGGGACGGGCAUCCCGCCGGUGCCCGAGGCUUGCUACCUCUGCGGGGAGGAGUGCGGCAAGGAGGCGAGGCCGGUGGCGGCCAAAAUCACCAACGGCAACGCGAAGAGCACCAUGCAUUUCCCCUUCCUCAGCCUCCUGCCCUGCCCGCCCGGCGCCAAGGGGCUGAACAAGCACUGGGAGGUCAGCAGCUGCCGCAAGUGCUUCGGGGUGCUGCAGGACCUGUGGGCCAUGUACAGGGCCUGUCACAACGAGGAGCUCAUCUCCUCCGUGCAGAGUUUCCUGGGGAGGUACCACCAGGUCUUCUCCGCCGGUGACCUCGCCGGCCACCCCGCUGUCAUCAAGCCCGGUCCCACUUCUGUCUGCUACAUCUGCGGGGCCGAGCUGGGAGCCGGCAAAGAGUUCCAGCUCAACGUCAACCCUCCGGGGCGAUUUGGGGAGAAGGAGCCCUUUUUCCCCUUCUUGACCGUCUACCCGCCUGCCCCGCGGGCCAGACCGGCUGACUCCACCGGGCUGGUGGCCACCUGCAUCCUGUGCUACCACGACCUGCUGGGACAGUGGCUGCAGCACGAGGGCAGGAACUCCCACCACCCCAGCAGCGCCUGGUCCCGGCAGUACAAAGUGGAGACCUUCGUCUGCUUCUUCUGCCGGCAGGAGAAGAAGCGAUGCCUUGGAUUAAAAGCGGUUCAAGUGGCCAGACUUCCCGUCUUCCUCUACACCCUGCGCGUGGCCAACAGCCUGCUGGUGGACGAUGGCAAGCAGCUGACCAUCGGCGCCUGUGCCGAGUGCGGGGCCGUGGUCCUGGCUGGCAAGAGCAUGACCCCGCCAGAGCUGCUGGCAGUGGCAGCCCCGUCUCUCCUCCCCAAGGCAUCAUCUUCGUCCCUGGAGACAGCCGCCACCAAGCCUGCGGCCGGUGAGUCCCGGCACCGGGUGGCCAGCGCUGGGGAGAGCCCGGGGACGGGCAGCACCGUCCCGGACAUCGGCCAGCGGACGCCUUUGGAUGCGGAGGGUGCGGACGCUGGAGCCACAAGCAUGAGCCAUGAGCCGAAGUCGCCGUCCCUAGGAAUGCUCUCCACGGCCACCCGCACCACCGCCACCGUCAGCCCCCUGACCCCGUCCCCCCUGAACGGCUCCAUCGUUCCCAAUGGCAGCCCCGCCGCCAGCAGCACUUUGUCCGUCCAGGCAGCACCUUCCUCCAGCUUCGCCGCCGCUCUCCGCAAGCUCGCCAAGCAAGCCGAGGAGCCCAGAGGCUCCUCACUGAGCAGCGAGUCGUCCCCGGUGUCCUCGCCGGCCACCAACCACAGCUCCCCGGCCAGCACGCCCAAGCGUGGCCCCAUGGGCCCCAUCAUCGUGCCCCCGGGGGGACACAGCGUGCCCAGCACGCCGCCCGUCGUCACCAUCGCCCCCACCAAGACGGUCAACGGGGUGUGGAGGAGCGAGGGCAGACAGCAGGAAGCAGGGUCUCGAGGCAGCAGCAGCAGCGCCGGCCGCGAGCGCCUCAUCUCGGAGCCCCCCCUGACGCAGGAGAAAGCGGGGGGUCCCACUGUCCCCUCCCACCUCCUGGGGACCCCCUACUCCUUCGGGCUGCCCCCCAGCUCCGUGGUCCAGGAUUCCCGCUUCCCUCCUCUCAACCUGCAGAGGCCGGUCCACCACGUGGUGCCUCCCAGCGCGGUGACCGAGGAUUACCUGCGGAGCUUCCGUCCCUACCACACGGCCGAGGAUCUCCGCAUGUCCUCCCUGCCGCCCCUCGGCCUCGACCCGGCCACUGCCGCCGCCUACUACCACCCCAGCUACCUGACACAUCACCCCUUCCCUCAUCCUGCCUUCAGGAUGGAUGAGUCGUACUGCCUGUCGGCACUGAGGUCCCCCUUCUACCCGCUGCCAGCGCCGGGCUCGCUGCCCCCUCUGCACCCCUCGGCCAUGCACCUGCACCUCUCGGGGGUCCGGUACCCCCCCGAGCUCUCCCACUCCUCCCUCUCCGCCCUGCAGUCCGAGCGCAUCUCCAGCCUCGCCGCCGAGAGGCUGCAAAUGGACGAGGAGCUGCGGCAAAGGGAGCGGGAGCGGGAGAAGGAGCGGGAGCGAGAAGCCGACCGGGAGCGGGAGAAGGAGCGGGAACGGGAACGGGAGCGCGAGAAGGAGCUGGAGCGGGAGCGGGAAAAGGAGCGGGAACGGGAGCUGGAGAGGCAGCGGGAGCGUGCUCGGGAGAAGGAGCUGAGCAUGGUGAAAGCCAUGGAGGGACCCUUCCUCCCCGUGGCUGAGCUGCACGGGCUGCGGGGGCACCCGGCCGAGGAACGGGGCAAGCCGGUGGAGCCGCUGGCCCCCAGCAGAGCAGACAAACUCAAGGACUCGGUGCUGCCCACACCAAAGCCCAUCCAGCACCCUCUGCACCCGCCACCGGGCUCCCACCACCCCGUGCCCAGCCUCAUCCCCAACCACAGCGUGUUCCCUCUGCCCGGGAGCAGCGCGGCCACGGCGCUGCUGAUCCACCGCACCAACGAGGAGGAGAAGUGGCUGGCCCGGCAGCGCCGGCUGCGCCAGGAGAAGGAGGAUCGGCAAUCCCAAGUCUCGGAGUUCCGGCAGCAGGUGCUGGAGCAGCACCUGGACAUAGGGCGUGCCCCGAGCCAAGCCGAGCCCGAGCACCGGCCCGAGCACCCCAGGUUGGGACCGAGCCGCCACGAGCCGAGCAGCCGGGAGCCAGGGCAGCACUUUGGAGGGCCCCCACCCCUCAUCUCCCCCAAACCUCAGCAUCACCCCGUCACCACAUCCCUCUGGAACCCCGUCUCGCUGAUGGAGAGCCCCCCCGACCCUCCCCGGCGCCUCCCCGAGCCCCACGCCCUCCACAGCCACCCAGCGCCCUUCGAGCCCGGCCGCCAGGGCAUCCCGCUGGUCAAGGUGGAGAGGGUCUUCUGCCCGGAGAAGCUGGAGGAAGGCCCGAGGAAGAGGGAUGCUCUGGAGAAAUACCCCCCGGGACGGGAGCCCGGCGCCCCGGAGCACGGGGCCUUCACCCACACCCCCUUCCUAGCUGAGCUGGAAAAAUCCACUCAGAGCAUCCUGAGCCAGCAGAGAGCCCCGGUCACCCCGUUCCCCGAGGCCACCAAGCCCAGCUCGCCCUACCGGCCCCCCCAGCCCCGCGCCCAGGACCCCAUGUACAUCUACGACGAGUUCGUGCAGCAGCACCGCAGGCUGGUCAGCAAGCUGGACCUGGAGGAGCGCCGGCGGCGGGAGGCCCGUGAGAAAGGGUACUACUAUGACCUGGAUGACUCCUGUGAUGACAGUGACGAGGAGGAGGUGCGGGCCCAUCUCCGCUGCGUGGCUGAGCAGCCCCCGCUGAAGCUGGACACGUCCUCUGAGAAGCUGGAGUUCCUGCAGCUCUUCGGCCUCACCACGCAGCAGCAGAAGGAGGAACUGCUGAGCCAGAAGCGGCGCAAGCGCCGGCGGAUGCUGCGGGAGCGGAGCCCCUCUCCGCCCACGGUGCAGAACAAGCGCCGCACGCCCUCCCCGCGCCUCCCGCUCUCCACCCGCUACAGCCCCGACGAGAUGAACAACAGCCCCAACUUCGAGGAGAAGAAGCGCUUCCUCACCAUCUUCAACCUCACGCACAUCAGCGCCGAGAAGAGGAAAGCUUCCCAUGCCGCAGACAAGGAGAAGCUGGUGGAGAUGCUCCAGGCCAUGAAGCAGAAGACCACGCCGGCCGCCGUGGUGGUGAAGAGCUCCCCGCGGGACAGCCCCGGUGCCCCCAGCACUGAGCCUCCGGUGCCGCCGCUCCUGCUGGACCUGGACAAACCCGUGGGCAUCGCCGUCUCCGUGCCCGAGGUGCCGAAGGCGGCGGAAGCCUCCAGGUUAGAGCAGCUGAGACCCCAGGAGCCAGCCAGGCCCAAGGAGGCGGGCACGGCGCCGGAGAAGCCCCGGCUGAGCGACGGGCACCCCGGGAAGAAGGCUCUGAGCAUCCUCAGCUACGUCAGGGGUCCCCUCCCCAAGGACAUCCCGGUGCCGCUGUCCCACAGCAUGAAUGGCAAGAGCAAGCCCUGGGAACCCUUCAUUGCCGAGGAAUUUGCCCACCAGUUCCAUGAGUCGGUGCUGCAGUCCACGCAGAAGGCGCUGCAGAAGCACAAAGGGGGGACGGCGGCGCUGACGGCGGAGCAGAACCACAAACUGGACACCUCCAUCCACUACAACAUCCCAGAGCUGCAGGCGUCCACCCGCCUGGCCGGGCCCCCGCACAACGGCACGGCCGAGGGGCCGCUCCGGCCACUGCCCCCCCUGGCCCGGGACUCCGCCUCCGAGGACGAGGAGGAGGAGGAGGAAGAGGAGGAAGAAGAGGAAGAUUACCCCAGGCCCAAGUGGCAAGGGAUCGAGGCAAUUUUUGAAGCUUACCAGGAACAUAUAGAAGAACAAAACCUGGAGCGCCAGGUGCUGCAGACACAGUGCCGGCGGCUGGAGGCGCAGCACUACACCCUGAGCCUGACAGCCGAGCAGCUGUCACACAGCAUGGCGGAGCUGAGGAGCCAGAAGCAGAAGAUGGUGUCGGAGCGGGAGCGCCUGCAAGCGGAGCUGGAUCACCUGCGGAAGUGCCUUGCCUUGCCUGCAAUGCAGUGGUCUAGGGGUUAUUUCAAGGGGUAUCCCAGGUGACGCUCCUUGGGCCAGGCCGAACAUAUAGUCUAGAAAUAAUAAUCUAUUUUAUUACCUUGAAUAUUUAAUAUUUUUCACUGGGAGGUUUGAAGCUAAAAAAAAAAAAAAAAAAAAAAUUUAAAAAAAAAAAAAACAACCAAAAAAAAAACACCACAAAAAAACGAACCACGACGAGAAAAUCAUUAAUAAUAAAAGGAAGAAAAGAGGAAAAAAAAAAUAAUAAAAAUAGAGAAAUAAAUGGAGAAUGUGCCAUGCAUGAAGCAAACGGGAGCCGGGAGGAGCUGGGAGCCCAUCCCACAGCCAGCAGCCCCCGGCUUGUCCCCUCCUGUCCCCUCCUCCGGGGGCCACGGCUCUGAAGCCCUCCCCACUCCACCCACACUUUAUAACGCUCAUUUUUGUUGGUUCUUUGGGGUUUUUUCUAAAAAAAAAAAAAAAAAGAGAAAAAAAAGACAAUGAAAGACUCCACCGACAACACUAAACCCGGCGGGGGCCGGGUGCUGCCGGACCCCGCUCCCAGCACCGCACCCCCAGCCCGGGGUUUCCCCUGGAAAUGCACUUCGCUAUCAAAAAAUAAAGUCAAUAAACUGGUU